UUUAAACUUCUUGCUUGACUGGCGCUGACUCGAGUGUAUGGACAGAGUGAAGUCCGCUCGGUGAAUUUCGGUGGAAACAGGAGGAACCAAACAACAGAGAGAUGUGGUGGGUGCUGUGGGUGCUCGCAGCCUUGCUGGCUCUCUUCUGCAGUCUGGAUGUGUGGUACUUCCUGCGGGCAGCUGUCACGAUUCUCCGGGCCUGGUUCCAGCCUCCAGUCUGGGAUAUCACAGCAGAGCAGACCCUUACAGGCCGGGUCACUCCCCACGACAUCGACAUGUGUCACAUGAACAAUGCUCGUUACCUCCGGGAGUGUGACUUUGCCCGCUUCUCUCUCUACAUGCGUAACGGUGUGUUCAAGGCGCUGCGGGCACUCGGAGCUUCGAUGGUAGUGGGCGCCACCACCAUCCGUUACCGCAGGGCUCUGUGUAUCGGUGAGGGGUACGAGCUGCGGAGUCGCAUCGUCUCUUGGGAUGACAAAGCCUUUUUCCUGGAGCAGAGAUUUGUGUCAACGAAAGACGGCUUGGUGUGUGCUGUCAUGUAUUGCAAGCAGACUAUCAUACGCUGUAGCCCAGACAAGAUCAUGCUGCACCUGUGUAAGCGGAAGGUGGAGUGCCCUGAGUUUCCAGAGGACCUUCAGCACUGGGUCAACUUCAUCUCCGCCAGCAGCCAGGCCCUCAGGGCUGAGAGUGGACUCGACGAGAAGAACAAAUAAGGCAAAAUAAUUGCAUGGGCAACUAUUAAGACUUUUUUUUUUUUUUACGCCAUCUAAUUUACCAGCUCAGGAUUAAAACGCCCUGUGAGAGAGACAUCUGUCGUCAAAGACUUGAAGACACUUGUGCCUACACUUCUGAAAACAAGCUUCUGAAGACCCCAUUACUUACAUAUGUUAACACUGGAAGAACUAAGACACUACAUUGUUUGGCCAGGCUGAAAACAGACUACUUAUUCCGCAGUGGGAAAGUAAUAUGAAACUACACAAUGUAUCAUCUUGUAUUAUGGCAGCAAUAAAACAAAUAUAUUUUCAAGUACUGUUUACACACUUUUAUGCCCUCACUAUGUCCCUCACUACUACCUGCUCUAAAUGUAAAGUGUCCUGAGACAACGUUGGUUGUGAUUUGGUGCUAUAUAAAGAAAAUGUAAUUGGUGUUCAACUGACACCAACUGCUGGGGGCAGAGUGAGGCAACUUCUAGCUGAGCACUUAAUUAUUUUAAGUUACGGUACUCAUACAGAACUUUUACAUAUUAAUGUAGCAGAAACUAGAAUUGAUGACAUUAAAAUAGUCUUUUAUAUUUGAA